AUGGUGGUCAAAAGCUCAUUCGGAGUUCUUUCAGGAGAGGAAACCGCCGAAUUCGCUUCCGACCUGCCUGUGUACCUGCGGCUGCCUUCUAGACCGCUUCAGCCGGACGACUCCGGCCCCAGCGUGAAAUUUUCUCACCGCUGUUACAACGGCACUGUCAAGCGUGGACGAUUCGGGCCCAGAAAAGAGAGUUCCGUGGCUACGACUGUGUUUAGUACGGAAGGUCCAGACGAGACGUCGGGUACGAAAUCACUGUUGCUUGACAUCAUUUCUUCAGCCGAGCCUAGCAGCAGGAUACCGAAAACGCGAAAGAUAAGCAGGAAAUUCAUCAAAAAUUACAGCGUAAGCUCAAUUGCUACACAGUUUGAAUUGUCGGUCAGUACAUCCAUCACGAGCACUGUUUCUCAGUUGAGUAGUACCGCCACCACUUCGGAGUCAUCUAGAGGUGCCAUAGCGACCCCGUUAUUGAGCAGAACCUUCGCCUUCAGCCACGCUUCGCAUCCUGGUAUCACCAACGUCACUUCAGUCUCUUCAGAAUCAAAGGGGAAUGUGAUAGCGAAUCGAUCUACUGAUACGACCUCCAGUAGUAGUUCCUAUCAGGCUAUCAAUAACUCCUAUCAAGCUAGUAAUGCCUCCUAUUCAGGGUCAGCAGCUGGCGAGACAACGACUUGGCUGAAAGGUACGAACUUCACAUCGAGUACUGACCCUUACCGGGGUAGGGUUGCUGUUGGCUCCGACUCAACAAGGAGCAGCGCCUCCCCAUGGUCAAAAGCCAGGAGCUUUGUCAACAGUUUUUCUCCAAGCACCAGCACUAUAACUUUAGACUUGAGGAGUUUCGAGAUAGAGACGGUGCAGAAUAUACAAUCGACAAGAACGACGACGGUGGCAUAUUAUUCUACAGAAAACACGGCUACCGUAAGCGAGUCGACGGACAUGAUAAGCACAGCGCCCGACUCUAGAUCUAUGAACCGGAGCAGUACAGCAAGAGAAGCAGCUCCCUCGAGUGCAGCCUUAUCCGGGACAGCAUCCUCACAUGCUUCACCAGCCACGUCUGCCAAGGACGAGCGUGCAGACAGAAGCAGUCUUGGGGAAUUGAUGUCGGAUGCCACAGGAGACUACAGCACCUUUGAAACGGGAGUCGCGUUUCGAGGCACGGUUUCAGAGGCAGGCGAAAAACCCGGUCAAUCGACAAGAAAGAAGCAUAGCUGGUUGGUCGGAGAUUCUGGACAAAACUCAACGGUGACACCAAUUAGGAUCGGCAAAGUCGUCACUACGAUGGUGCCCAUCAACAGUUCGCUGUCAGCGAAUAUAAGCGGGCAGUAUUGA